AGUGAGCAGGCGCAGUUCCGGGUGUUUGGGCUGAAUGGUGGAGCAGUAGCAGUAGCAGUAGCUCUGUGCGCUGUGAGUGUAAACAGUGUGAACAGUGUGAGGUGGGAACACGCUGCAGUCAUGCUGUAGGAGGUGGAAACAUGGUGCUGCUGCUGUUCAGGGCGUUUCUAGGCGCAGGACAUGGCGCGACUGUCUGCCAGGAAACUUGUAGCCGUGUGCCUCUGCGCUUCAGCGUGUGUGUUUCUCAUCAUCACACUUCAGGUGGUGGAGGAGCUGGGCCAGUUUGAGCAGGCGGUGCACACACUCCCCCUAAAGGACAGAGAGGAGUUAACACAGAUCCAGGCUUUUCCUGCGAGUGCUGUGCUCACUGAUGAUGGAGUGUCUCCAGGCUCUGAGGGCCGUUACCCCGUUAUUGUAUGGUGGUCUCCACUGACAGGAGAGCUGGGCCGGCUUGGGGAGUGCGGACAUAACAGAUGUUUUUUCACCAUUAACAAGUCUUACUAUGCUCAUCCUUCUACACAGGCCUUCCUGUUUUAUGGUACGGACUUCAGUAUAGAAAGUCUCCCCUUACCAAGAAAGCAACAGCACCACUGGGCUCUUUUCCAUGAGGAGUCACCUAAGAACAACUACAAGCUCUUCCACAAGCCUGUCAUCACCCUGUUCAACCACACAGCCACCUUUAGCCACCACUCCCACCUCCCCCUCACCACGCAACACCUGGAGAGCCUCCACAUGCUCACCUCCCACACGUUCCUGCUCCCUCUGGCCCAGAAGAACCAGCUGAGACACACUCUGGCUCCUGUGGCGUAUGUCCAGUCAGACUGUGACCCACCAUCAGACCGCGAUGUCUAUGUGCAGGAGCUCAUGAAUCACAUUCCAGUGGACUCCUAUGGCCAGUGCCUGCACAACAAGGAUCUUCCCUUCCACUUGAGUGACUCCACUGCCAUGGAUGCGGAGAGCUUCUAUGAGAUCCUAGCCCAGUAUAAGUUCAUCCUAGCAUUUGAAAAUGCCAUCUGUGAUGACUACAUCACAGAGAAACUGUGGCGGCCACUCAAGCUCGGCGUAGUCCCUGUGUACUUUGGAGCCCCUAAUGUUCACAUGUGGCUUCCAAGCAACAGAAGCGCAAUUGUGGUGGACCCAAAGCAGUCUCCAGAGAAACUGGCCCAGUAUAUAAAGAGUCUGGACAAAAACGACCAGGAGUAUUUAACAUACCUGGACUGGAAGCUGAAACGGGAAGUCUCAAAUCAGAGACUUUUUAAAGAAGUGAAGGAGCGUCAGUGGGGUGUGCAGGACAUCCAUCAGGAUAACUUUAUUGAUGUGUUUGAGUGCAUGGUGUGUAACAGGCUGUGGGAGAACAACAACAGACAAAAUGAGGGUUUGGUCCCCAGAGUGUGGCAGGCUGAAGAACAUCAUCUCACAUGUCCACCUCCAAAGCUGUUCGAGUUUGCUGUAGAUCAUUCUAACAGCUCUUCUCUGCGCCACAUCUGGAGAGCCAGUUAUGAGCAGUCAGUGAGAGAAGCCCGAGCUCUAAGACGGCUAAUACUGAGAAACAGGAAUUUCACAUCUACACAGUUCUGGAGGGAGGUGUUUAGUGACUGAACUCCACUUUACAUGAAAUGUGAUCAUGUAAUGCUUAAAAGGGCAGUAAAUGUUUUUAAAUAAUUGAAAUAUUAUAGCAUUUGGGAGAGAGAAAGAGAGAGUCUUCUAUUACUACAGUUAGACCUGCUUCUUGUUCUGAUCUGAUGAGCAGCAAGACAUUAAUAUGCAGGUAGGGUUACAGGCUGCUAUCUUCUAAUCCCUCAGACAAGACGUGGACUUACAAUUUACGGCUGAUAUGGUUGUAUACACUAAAACAGUAUUUUAUGUACAUUUCUAAUGUUUCCUACAAACAUAAACAAGAUGCAAUAAUUAGAAAACCCAUCAGUAGCUCUUUGACCGUCCUUGAACUCACAUCCUUUGUUUUGUCACUGCUUACAGCUACUUUUUUUUUUUUUUUUUUUUUUAACAGAUGUCUUACUGUGUUUUAUUAACAAAAAGUUGCUUUUCAAAGACGCUGAAACAGCCAUAAGCACUAUACAGCAAUCGGCCAUAACAUUAAAACCAACGUGCCUAAUAUUGCGUAGGUCCCCCUGGUGCCGCCGAAACAGCUCUGACCUGUCGAUGCAUGGACUCAGCAAGACCUCUGAAGGUGCGCUGUGGUAUCUGGCACCAAGAUGUUAGCUGUAGAUCCUUAAAGUUCUGUAAGUUGAAGGUGGGGCCUCCAUGGAUUGGACUUGUUUGUCCAGCACAUCCCACAGAUGCUCGAUCAGAUUGAGAUCUGGGGAAUUUGGAGGCCAAGUCAACACCUUGAACUCUCUGUCUUGUUCCGCAAACCGUUCCUGAAAAAUUUUCGCAGUGUGGCAGGCGCAUUAUCCUGCUGAAAGAGGCCACUGCCAUUAGGGAAUACCGUUGCCAUGCCAGCCAGCUUGUCUUCUUCUUAUAGUGCAUGUUGGUGCCACCUCUUCUCCAGGGAAGUAACGCACAUGCACCCGUCCAUCCAUAUCCAUCAGGCUAGGCCACUUUCUUCCAUUGCUCCAUGGUCCAGUUCUGAUGUUCAGAUGCCCAUUGCGGUGAAUAGCAGUACUCAUGGGCACUCUGACCGGUCAGCAGAGUAGCCCCAUACACAGCAACCUGUGAUGCACUGUGUGUUCUGACACCUUUCUAUCAUAGCCAGCAUUAACUUUUUCAGCAGUUUGUGCUACAGUAGCUCUUCUGUGGGCUCAAACCAGACAGGCUAGCCUUCGCUACCCACUUGCAUCAAUGAGCCUUGGGUGCCUGUGACCCUGUGGUCGGUUCAUUGGUUGUCCUUUCCUGGACCACUUUUGAUAGGUACUAACCACUGCAUACCGGGAACACCCCACAAGACCUGUCGUUUUGGAGAUGCUCUGACCCAGUCGUCUAGCCAUCACAAUUUGGCCCUAGUCAAAGUUGCUCAGAUCCUUAUGUUUGCCCAUCAUAUCAACUUCAAGAACUGACUGCUCACUUGCUGCCUAAUAUAUCCAACUGCUUGACAGGUGCAACUGUAACGAGAUAAUCAAUGUUAUUCACUUCACCUGUCAGUGGUUUUAAUGUUAUGAAUUCUAAAUAUAGCAUAUAGGUUCUAAAUAUAGCAUUUACCUGAACUUGUGUUUCUAAAGUAAACUGAGAUGUAUACAAGAGUCAAGGGCCCAAGCUGCUGUAGUCUUGCUUAAGUCAGUCUUAGACCAUACCUGCAGAUUUUAUGUUAUUAUCAGAAACAAUUAAGCUCCCUCAGGAAAGAUGAGCAGUGCUCUCUUGUGGAAUUAGCAAAAAAUAAAUUUACAAAUUUAGCAUGGGACGAAAGGCCACCUGAGGUGAAACCAAUAGAAAUCAAUACCAUCAGUGUGCUGCAGAAAGCUCACGUCUCCACAAAUAGAGCUUCGCCUAGAGCCUAUAGUUAGUGUGCUAUAUUUGUGUCUUAAAAGUUUUACCAGCUGUAGCAAUUUUGGUCCUUAAUGGGGGUCAUUUAGCCCUUACUGAAUAAACUCUUGCACCUAUCGACUUUAUAUAUACUUUGUGUGUUAAAGGGUGAACAGUUAAAUAUAGUGCCUUUUUGACCCCCCCAAAAAGGCUGACCAUAAAGUACUGCACUGUCCUAAACAUCACAUGUUUAUAUGAUAUAGACUACAACCAUGAAGUGCUGAAAAAAAAAAAUGCAGAAUAUUACAUUUGUAGCUAAAAAUACAUAUACAUGCAUGCAUUUACAUAUAGUGCCUUUCUGUAUUAAUACUGUAAUAAUAAUAAUAAUAAUAAUAAUAAUAAUAAUAAUAAUAAUAAUAAUAAACAUAUGUAUUAAACUUGUGGGACAUGCAGUGAAUGUUUCUAAGUUAGCGUGCUGGUCAAAAAAGACUAUAAUAAAUGUUCAUAUCUCAUCAUUAAAAAAAAAAAUUAAUUCAUGUAUAUUGAAUGGUAUUAAGACCUUAAGUUGACUGGUCUUUCUUUUCAAACAAGACAAAUCCAAUUAAAUGAGGAGCAGACACUUUGGUAUAGUGCUGUGGAAAAUCUGUUGCUUAUACUGCAAGUUAUUUACUUGGUUAACUAUUGCACUUCAUACAACACAGCCUAAACACACCUACAGGCCCUCAUCGCUGGUCGCAGGAAAAUAUGAGUGUAUCGUACCCCAGACAUUACUAUCUGGUUUUUAAAAGAGCUUACCCAUUCUCCAAUUCCUGGAAGAUUUGUUCUAAUGCACAAAUUCAGAUUUUAUUUUGUGUGCUAGUGAUGUGGCCACUAGAUGGAGACUCUGAUUUUUAAUUUUUUUUAUUUUUUUCUGAAGAGCACAGCACCAUAGUCUCGUUUCAGUUCUACCAUUAAAAAGAUAGUCACUAGAAAUGAGCAUUCAGUUCAAAAUUGGCUAAUCAUUUACUUAUGAUAAGCCAAUUUUUUUUUUGGCUCGUUUACUGACAUUUGAUAUAACAUGUAUAAACAGCUGUUUUUAACUGUACAUUUCACUAGUAUUUAUAAUCAAUUGCAAAAAAAGUACUCAAAUAUUGCUUUUUGUUUAAAGCAACUUUAAUGUCUGAAGGGCAAUAGGCAGUUCUUGCACAAUGACAGAAUGUGGUUUCAUACUAAUUGGUAUGGAUUUGAUUGGAUGUCUUAAAUACAGUUAAUGAAGAAAGUUAAAUGCACAGAAAUGAGAUUGUUUGGAUUGUUAGCCAAGCAAAAGUAAAAAGUAUAUAUUUGUCCCAGGUUCUCCGGUUUCCUCCUACCUUUCAAAACAUGCCAUUAAGUAGACCUAAUGUUACCUAAAUUGCCCCUAGGUGUGCACUGCGAUGAACUGGCAUCCCAUCCAGAGUGUAUUCCCACCUCACUCCCCGUGUUCCCAUGACCCUGACAAGAAUAAACUGGUUACAGAAGAAGAA